AUUUCGACUGGGUGUGGGAUGACCUGAACAAGUCCACGGCCACCCUGCUGAGCUGCGACAACCGCAAGGUGAACUUCCACAUGGAGUACAGCUGCGGCACCGCCGCCAUCCGCGGCAACAAGGAGCUGGCGGACGGGCAGCACUUCUGGGAGAUCAAAAUGACCUCCCCUGUCUAUGGCACAGACAUGAUGGUGGGAAUUGGGACAUCAGAUGUGAACCUGGACAAGUACCGCCACACCUUCUGCAGCCUGCUGGGCAAGGAUGAGGACAGCUGGGGACUGUCCUACACAGGGCUCCUGCAUCACAAAGGAGAUAAAACCAACUUCUCUUCACGCUUUGGCCAAGGCUCCAUCAUCGGGGUGCACUUGGACACGUGGCAUGGGACACUCACCUUCUUCAAGAACCGCAAGUGCAUCGGGGUUGCAGCCACGAAGCUGCAGAACAAGAAGUUUUACCCCAUGGUGUGCUCCACGGCGGCCAAGAGCAGCAUGAAGGUGAUCAGGUCCUGCGCCAGCUGCACCUCCCUCCAGUACCUCUGCUGCUACCGCCUGCGCCAGCUCCUGCCCGACUACGUGGACACGCUGGAGGUCCUGCCCUUGCCACCAGGACUCAAGCAGGUGCUGCACAACAAACUGGGGUGGGUCUUGAGCAUGAACUGUAGCACCUCGAAGCCUUCUUCUUCUUCCUCCUCCUCCUCCUCCUCGUCGGGAAGCGACUCAGAUAGCUCCUGCGGCUCGGAGGCGGAGGCCUGCCAGAGGAAGAGGUGCAGGAGGACAUAG